CAAACAGAGGCAUUUAAUCUCUUUCGACAAACGUAAUGGAGACAAAAGCAGCAGAACAAAAACAAUUGCAAAGUGUUGAAGAAACUGAAGCAGAUUCGAUAGGAACAAGUCAUGCCCUAGAUCAAAUGGUCACUACCGACCCGAAAUAUAUCACAGUGAUCCACGUUGACAGUGCAUCCACAGCCUCAACGUCGGAGCAAUGUGGGAUUGGCGUUGAGAGUCCGACAAUGGAGCCAGAUGAAACGACCACCAUUCUCAUUCCCCAUGUUAAUCAGACUGACACGCAGGUUGGUGAGUACUUUGGCGCCACCCUGUACACGUACAAGCGGCCACCAGGGAAGCAGUUCGAGUACCAGCACCUACUGAAGAAUAUCAAGGAUGAAUAUCCGGCACAAACAAUGAAAAUUUGUGAAGGUGACGAGCUGAUUCACAUAGGUCACACAUUUACACCGGACCUAGAUCACACAGAGGUGCUCAAUAGUUUCCUACAAGAUGUUAGGGUUGAUGGAAAAACGCGUUUUUGUCUGGUUUUAAAAAGAAGUGGACAUGAGUUCUGGUAUAAAACCUGUGCAACCCUGACUCCCAAUCAUGAUCACCCCGAUCGAGAUUUCCCCCCGAUUGGGACUUAUCCAAAAUAUGGUCCAGUAAAGUCCAUUCAAUGGACAAAACGAAUCAUAUUUUCUAUUAAAGAAACUAUGGCUUACAUGUUCAUUGACAGAACCGGAAUUCAAGGACGACAACCUAUGACUCAACCUCCUUUUUAUGUCAAUAUGACACGCAAAUGGUCGUUUCCAUGGAAAUUCACAGCAGCCUUGUCUGGAAUGGAUUGA